AUCGGUCCAUGGACGAGCUCUCGCAGUAUCCGUAUACGUUUCUACACCCACUGUUUCGAAUUGGUGGUUCGAAAAAAUGCUUCCCUGCUCCCCUGUGUUGGUCGCGCUUCUACUUGCAUCGCGAUCCGUGGUAGGCAGUAUCGAGAGUAGUUCCGGAGGUUGGCAGGGGAUAUCGGGUAGCGACUAUGGAACGGGGCACGGGGUGGAAUUGGUCGGGCACGGGUUGUCCGAUUAUGGCUCGUACGGGGGCGGUGGGAUCGGUCACGGGUUGUACGAGGGACACGUCCAGCAUCAUUACGCGCCGGCAGUACCCGUCAGCCAGCACGUCGAGAUUACCAAACCUGUGCCCGUCCCCGUUGUUAAAAAUGUCGGUGUGCCAGUUGCUCAACCAGUGGCGAUAGGAGUUCCACAUCCGGUCGCCGUAGGAGUACCACAACCUUUUCCAGUUCACGUACCGGUCGCGAAGCCGGUGGCGAUCCCCGUGGUGAAGACUGUGGCGAUCCCAGUGGAGAAAAAGGUUCCGUUCCCCGUGGAGAAGGUGAUACCUGUCCCGGUGGAGAAACACGUGCCCAUAACGGUGGAGAAGCACAUACCGGUCCCCGUGGAGAAGCCUUAUCCCAUCCACGUGCCUGUGUACAAGCACGUGUUCCAUCGGGUCAAGUCUCACGGUUACGGGUGGAGCCAUUAAAGAGAGAAACUUAUUUUAAGGAUAUUACGCGUGUAAACGUAACGUGUAUUUAGCUCGCCCGAUCUACGAAGAGAAGGAGGGAUGACAGACGAUGAUCUUCCUUCCGCGACGAUAACGAGUCUCGAUUACAUUUUGCUCGAGUGUAAAGGAAGCGUCGGGAAGGAGUGCGAAUGAGAUGAGAUUGUUCGCGCAAGGGGGAAUAAAAUAGAGAGAGCCAUUCUUCGAAGCUAUUUUCGUUCAUCGUGGUUCAAUGUUCGUAUAUUUCGUUACCUUGUUGUACCAAAUAAAAGAUGUACGAUUAUUAACCAAGA